AUGAGGAUUGGGACAUAUCUAUUAGGGUUCAUAGGCACGGUAUAUAACACUAUCUAUCUAUCUAUCUAUCUAUCUAUCUAUCUAUCUAUCUAUUUGUCUGUCUGUCUGUUAAUCAUAUUGGCAUUUUUCUUCAAUCUCUCUCUUUCUCUCUCUCUCUUUCCCCACCCUCUCUCUCUCUCUUUCUCUCUCUCUUCCCCCCUCUCUCUCUUUCGUACUCUUUCUUUCUUUAUUUAUUUGUUCAUUUCAUUCUUUCUUUCUAUAUUUCUUUCUUUUUCCAGCUUUCUCUCUAUGUCUCUCACUGUCUAUCGAUCUUUUUUUCUAUCUUUAUUUCUCUCUUUCUCUCUCUCUUUCUUUCUCUUUUCCUUGUCUCUCUCUCUCUUUCUCUUUUCCUUCUCUAUCUUUUUCUUUCUCUUUUCCUUCUCUCUCUUUUUCUUUCUCUUUUCCUCUCUCUCUUUCUUUCUCUUUUCCUUCUUUCUCUCUCUUUCUUUCUCUUUUCCGUCUCUCUCUCUCUUUCUUUCUCUUUUCCGUCUCUCUCUCUUUCUUUUUCUUUUCCGUCUCUCUCUCUUUCUUUCUCUUUUCUUUCUCUCUCUCUUUCCUUCUCUUUUCCUUCUCUCUCUCUCUCUUUCUUUCUUUCACUUUCACUUCAUUUCCUUUUCUUUUUUAUUUAUUUCUUUUUCUCUCUCUUAUUUUGACUCUUUCUUUUUCUUUCCUUCUUGCACUCUCUUACUAUUCCUUUCUUUCUUUCUUUCUCUCUCUCUAUUUGUAUUUUUUUUCUAUCUCUUUUUUCCUCACUUUCUUUAUUCCUUCUUUUCUUUCUAUAUUUCUUUCCUUCUUUCUUUAUUUAUUUAUUCAUUUCUCUCUCUCUCUCUCUUUCUCUCUUGCGUUCUCUCUUUCUUUUUCUUUCCUUUUUUCUCUAUCCGUGACGCAUUUGCUCUUCUUUUUCUCUAUAUUUCUUUCUACUUCUUUCUCUCUUUUUUUCUCGCUCUCUCUUUACUUUUUUAUUUCUAUUUUUUCUAUCUUUCUCUAUUUUUCUCACUUCCUUUCUUUCUAUAUUUCUUUCUACUUUCUUUAUUCAUUUCUCUCUCACUCUCUCUUUCUCUCUUUCUUCCUCUCUCUAUCUCUCACUUGCUCUCUUUCUUUCUUUCUUUCUUUCUUUCUAUUCAUUUCUCUCUUUCUCGUUAUUCCUUCUCGCUUUCACUUUUUCUUUUUCUUUCUCUCUCUCUCUUUCUCUCUCUCUCUUACUCCCCCUCUCUUUCUCUCUCUCUCUCUCUGUUUCUAACUGAUGUUUUUUCUUCUUUUCUGCUGCUACUGUUACUACCGUUGCCUCUCUCACUGCGGUUUUACUGGUACAUAUACACCACCCAGCUCGUCUGCCCCACCCCGGCCAUAGCGACAGUUUCUUACGGCAUAAUAUUUUCGCUUUAUAACGACGCAUAG